AGGUGGUCGGGGUCCUGCAGGAGUCCUCCUCCCCCGAGGCCGUCGAGCUGGUGGACCUGCUGACGUGCUUCGACAUGGAGGGCCUGCUCUACUCGCACGACCAGAUCGCGGCGCGCGGCUCACCGGCUGACUCUGGGGAGCCGGAGCCGGCGCCGGCGCUGGACGACUACGCUGAGCGCGUGCACCACUACACCGACCCGCGAGUGCGUGUCAUACGGCUGGAGAAGACCAACGAGCCGCUGGGCGCCACCGUGAAGAACGAGGGUGAUUCAGUGCUGGUCGGCCGGAUCGUGAAGGGAGGAGCGGCCGACAAGUCCGGCCUCCUCCGGCCAGGGGACGAGAUUCUGGAGGUCAACGGCAUCGAGAUGAGGGGCAAGUCGGUGGAUGAUGUGUGUGACAUCCUGGCCGGCAUGACGGGCAGCCUGGUGUUCCUGGCGCUGCCCAGAGACGAGCAGGAGGAGCCCGAGAAGACCAAACCGCCCCAGGCAGUGUUACACGUGAAGGCGCACUUUGACUAUGACCCGGAGGACGACAUCUACAUGCCGUGCCGCGAGAUCGGCAUGUCGUUCCAGAAGGGCGACAUCCUGCACGUGACCAGUCAGGAGGACCCCGACUGGUGGCAGGCCACGCGCGACGGAGAUGAGGACCUGCCGCUUAGUGGGCUCAUACCCAGCCUCAGCUUCCAGACACAGAGGGAAACACUCAAACAAUCAAUCAUAGAUAGCAGUCGAAAGGAGGGCAAGAAGAAUAAGUUCCUGUGUGCUAAGCGUACGAAUAAGAAGAAGCGGAAAAUGUAUAAUGCAGAGUACAAUGAUGAUUACGAGGCGAACGAGAUCCUCACGUACGAGGAGGUGGGCCUGUACUACCCACGCGCCAACCACAAGCGUCCAGUGGUGCUGAUCGGACCGCCCAACAUCGGCCGCCACGAGCUGCGUCAGAAGCUGAUGGAGGACACGGAGCGCUUCUCGGCGGCCGUGCCCCACACGAGUCGGCCCCGCAAGGACACAGAGGUGGACGGCCAGGACUACCACUUCAUCUCGCGGCCGCAGUUCGAGCAGGACAUCGUCAACCGGCUGUUUGUCGAGCACGGCGAGUACGAGCGCGCUUACUACGGCACCAGUGUCAGCGCCAUCCGCACCGUGGUCAACAGCAGCAAGAUCUGCGUGCUCAACCUGCACCCGCACAGCCUGAAAAUCCUCAAAACCACCGACCUGAAGCCUUUCGUGGUGUUCGUCGCGCCGCCGUCGCUGGAGAAGUUGCGACAGCUCAAACAGAAGGCCGGCGAACAAGUCAGGGACGACGAACUGAAGCAGAUCAUAGAGAAGGCGCGCGAAAUUGAGGAAGUGUACGGUCACUAUUUCGACAUCGUCAUCAUCAACUCUGACCUGAACCGGGCGUACGAGCAGCUCAUCCACGAGAUCAACACGCUGGAGCGCGAGCCGCAGUGGGUGCCGGCCUCGUGGCUGCGGCAGGACCUGGCGUAGCGGCGUCCCGGCAGCGAGCGGCCGCUCCGGCCCCGCCGCCCGGCUGAGCUCCGGCCGCGUUACCCGGCGCCGCCUCCCGCCCGCGGCCUGCUGCCCACUCAUCGCCAGCGGCCGGCGCCAGCUCCGUUUUGUGGUAUUUCUUCUUUGGCCGCGUUGUGAGGCCGGCGGGCCCACCGCGCACGUCCGGGGCCGCGGCUCGGCGCACCCGGGGGACGUCACUCGACACCCGGUGCCGAUAUUCGGCACUGGCCGGCGGCGCGGGGCGGGCCGGCCGGGCGGCGCGUGCUUCCAGACGGCGGCCGGCCUCGGUGCUCGUCUUCCCGUGUGUCGCGCCCAGGGAGGGCUCUCUCCACCGGUCGGCCGCGGGGCCCGCCACCGCUCACCAGCGCCCGUGUACAGGAUCGCCCCGACCUGUGUAUAGCGUUAUUACGUUACCCUGUAUAUUGUUGUUACCGUGUAUACCUGAAAAUAAAUAUACGUUUCACGCAGUG